AUGCAGACAUCACCAGGAAUUCCAUCUGUAAGAAGAAUAAUAAUAUAUAAAUAAGCUCCAAUGAAGUAAAACAACUCAAUUGGAUAGAUUCCUAAAGCAUUAAUCUAAGAAUUUCAAGUUCAACCUAUCUCAUUUGCAUAAGACAAUAACAUACUAAAUUAAGACAUUUACAAAAUCCCUGAUCAAUAAAAAUCAAAUAUCAAAUAUGAUUCUUAUGCUAAUCCCUACAAUCACAUGAAACAAGAUGCUUACACUCAAUCCAGUCAAUUACUCAACAAUAACAAUUAAUAAAAAUCCAAUAUUCAUUUACAAUCCUAUGUGACAACCUAUCAACCACCUCCAAGAGAAUCUCUCCAAGUCAAUGAUUAUCUAGAUAAAUUUCACUUCACCUCACCCAAUGACAUUAAACUAUUUGAACAAAACAACUAGACUGAUUACAACCAACCAAAUAGAGAGUCCUAUUAAUACUACCCUGCCUAACCAUAAAGUAGGUUCAUGUCUGUCUAAUAACAACAAUAACCUAUUAAAUAAUCAAAUUAUGUGCCUGUUUAAGCAGCAUCCACUUACCUCCCAAAAUAGAAUCUAUCCACUUAUGUUAAUGAAACAUAUCCCAAUGGACAGAGAUACGUUGGCGAAAAGAUCAAUGGCAAAAAAGAAGGCAGAGGAAGAUUGUAUUAUAAAGAGGGAGGCUAUUAUGAUGGAAAUUGGAAGAAUGAUAGAAUUAAUGGAUAAGGUGUUUUAUAUUAUGCCAGUGGAAGACCUGCAUAUGAUGGAGAAUGGAUCGAUGAUAAAUUUCAAGGAUAAGGUAUCUUGUAUAAUGAUACCCCAAAAAUUGAAGAUAUAAAUUACAGAAAUCUAGAAGAUAUCGGAUUUGCUUGGACCAAAUAUGUAGGAUAGUUUUAUGAUGACAACAAAAAUGGUUAAGGAACAUUAUAUCUUUUGAAUGGCGAUCGCUUCGAGGGAAGUUUUUAAGAUGAUCAAGCCUAAGGUUAAGGAAGAUACAUUUCAAUUGGAGGGAAGGUAAUCUAAGGGUUUUGGAACUUUAAUCAUUUUGUGUAAUGA